GAGAGAUGGACCGCCUCUCUCUCUCUCUCUCUGCAGGACUCCUGUCGCUGCUCCUCUUCCUCCUGCAGGACUCUCCUCCUCCUCUUCCUCUCUGAACGAGGGACGAUGUCCCCUCCGUCCAUCAUGUCUCCGCUCUUCGUUGAGGCGUCCAGAACCCGGUCCGUAUCGAGCUGAGCGUCUCGGUUAAUAAUUCAUCCGUCCCUCAUCGCCGUCCUUAUGUAAGAACCGACCUGAAGACGGGCAGAGGGACAGGAGGAGAGACAGGAGGAGAGACAGGAGGAGAGACAGGAGGAAACAUCGUUUGGGACAGACUGACGGACACUGAGGGACAUCCUGUGGGACAGGCAGAGACACACGGAGACACAGGGAGGGAUGUUUGUGUCGGUUUGGUACGCCAAGAAGAUGGGAAGAAGAUUCAUCAACAACGUGAGGAGAGCAAAGAGACACAGGCAGAGGAUGAUGAUGAACGGAUCAGAAGGAGAACUGGAGUACGAAGAGAUCACUCUGGAGAGGGGGAACUCCGGACUGGGCUUCAGCAUCGCGGGCGGAACCGACAACCCGCACAUCGGAGACGACCCGUCCAUCUUCAUCACCAAGAUCAUCGCAGGAGGAGCCGCCGCCCAGGACGGACGCCUCAGGGUGAACGACAGCAUCGUGUUUGUGAACGACGUGGACGUCCGGGAAGUCUCUCACUCAUUGGCUGUGGAGGCGCUGAAGGAGGCGGGGCCUGUGGUCCGACUCUACGUGCUGCGGCGCCGACCGCCCAGCGAACGCAUCGCUCAGGUCAAGCUGCUGAAGGGACCCAAAGGUCUGGGCUUCAGCAUCGCGGGCGGCGUGGGGAACCAGCACGUUCCCGGAGACAACAGCAUCUACGUCACUAAGAUCAUCGAUGGCGGCGCGGCGCAUCGGGACGGCCGGCUGCAGAUCGGGGAUAAGAUCCUGGCUGUGAACCACAUGUCUCUGGAGGACGUCCUGCAUGAAGACGCCGUGGCGGCGCUGAAGAACACCGGGGAGGUGGUGUACCUGAAGGUGGCCACGCCCACCGCCCAGUUCGGCCAGCAGGGGGAGCGCUACAGCCCGCCGGACCUCACCAGCGCCUACAUGGACCCAGACUACCUCUGUGAUUACCCAGCAGCCCUAGCGCCGCCGUCGCCCCGGCGAUACUCGCCGCUGCCCCGCAGCAUCAUGGGAGACGAGGAGUACUCCAGGGAGCCGCGGCGCGUCGGCAUCCAGCGGGGGGCCACCGGGCUGGGCUUCAACAUCGUGGGGGGGGAAGAUGGAGAAGGAAUCUUCAUCUCCUUCAUCCUGGCGGGAGGACCGGCGGACCUGAGCGGGGAGCUGAGGAAGGGAGACCAGAUACUGAGUGUGAACGGUGUGGAUCUGCGGUUCGCCACACAUGAACAGGCAGCAGCAGCUCUGAAGAACGCCGGUCAGACGGUGACCAUCGUAGCUCAGUACAGACCAGAAGAGUACAGCCGCUUUGAGGCAAAGAUCCACGACCUGAGAGAGCAAAUGAUGAACAGCUCAUCAGGCAGCCUGAGAGCCAACCGGACCUUCUACGUCAGAGCCCUGUUUGACUACGAUAAGCAGUGGGACUGCGGCGUUCUGUCUCAGGCUCUGGACUUUAACUUCGGGGAGGUUCUCCAUGUGAUGGACAGCGCUGAUGAAGAGUGGUGGCAGGCCAGACGACUCAACCAGCAGGGGGAGCUAGAGGAGCUGGGAUACAUCCCCUCCAAGCACAGGGUGGAGAGGAAGGAGUGGUCCCGCAUGAAGACUAAAGGUCGAGACGGUUUCAUCCACAGCUAUGAACUCGUCACUCAGAUCGAAGUGGACUACGCCCGUCCCGUCAUCAUCCUGGGUCCGACCAAAGACCGGGUCAACGACGACCUGCUGUCUGAGUAUCCGGACAAGUUCGGCUCCUGCGUUCCCCACACCACCCGUCCCCGCAGGGACUACGAGAUGGACGGGCGGGACUACCACUUUGUGUCGUCACGGGAACAGAUGGAGCGGGACAUCCAGUCGCACCGCUUCAUCGAGGCGGGGCAGUACAACAACCACCUGUACGGGACGUCGGUGCAGAGCGUCAGGCAGGUGGCGGAGCAGGGGAAGCACUGCAUCCUGGAUGUUUCAGCCAACGCUGUGAGGCGUCUGCAGGCCGCUCACCUUCAUCCUAUCGCCAUCUUCAUCCGCCCGCGCUCCCUGGAGAACAUCCUAGAUCUGAACAAGCGUCUCUCGGAGGAUCAGGCCAGAAAAGCUCUGGACCGAGCCGUCAAGCUGGAGCAGGACUUCCUGGAGUGUUUCACAGCCGUUGCCCAGGGCGACAGCUUCGAUGAGGUCUACCUCCAGGUGAAGCUGGUCAUCGAGGAGCAGAGCGGACCGUACAUCUGGGUUCCUGCCAGGGACAGGCUCUGAUUGGCUGGGCUUUGUCUCCAUGGCAACCAGCUGUUGUGGGCGGAGCCACAAAACAUGGAGCUCAGAGACUGCUGUAACCAUGGCAACCACCUCCUGUCCAGAGAGACGAAUAAUCCUGAGAUAAAGAAUCAGAGACUGUAGAACCAGAUCCAAGUAUUUAUAGAAACAUAUUUAUUUAUUAUUUAUUAAGACUUUCUGUGACUUGGAGGUGGUGUGUGUGUGUGUGUGUGCGUGCGUGUGUGUGUGUGUGUGUGCAUACAGACGUGUGUAACUGUAAAUAAAACCAUGGGGCUCAAACACACAGUCUAUUCAGGGCUUAAACUGUCACACAACCACUGGACUACAACUCCCACAAUCCUCCUCUUUAGGACUACAACUUUCCUGUCAGAGCCGGCCCAAGGCAGAACCGACCUAAACCAAACCGCUCAUGAAUUUAAACUCCUCAGAUCUAAAAUAUUUAAAAUAUUUCUAUCUGAUUGUUGAGAAAAAGAGAAUUUUAAUUCAUUUUAUUUGAUUUUCUCAGAGAAAGAUUUAAAGUUUAGUUUCAGUUUGCUUUGUAAAACAUUCUCAGUCCUCCAUUUGGACUACAACUCUGUUUGGAUUCUUUUUAUUUUUGGACUACAACCCCCACAAUCCUCCUCUCCAUGGACGACAACUCCUCCCACAGAUUCAGUUUGGACUUUUACCUUCUAGUUUUUUGACUACAACCGUCUGCUCCUCUGUUGGACUCUAACUCCCAUGAUGCCGUUCUGUUCAGGCUGAAGGAUUCCAUGUGAUCUGAGCAUCACAUUUCAUAUCUAGUCUUUCUCUACUGCAGCGACCUGCAUCACACAGGACUACAUUACCCAGAGUUCCCUGCUCCAUGGGACCUGGCAGCAGCAGUGAUGGACUGCUUGGACUCAACAAGAACCUUGUUGGUUCUGCUGCUGGAACGGGUCAGACUGAAGAUGAUCAGGAGGGAAAGAGUCUAUACACACACCUGGACAACAGAGACACACCUGGACACACCUGGACCAGGAGGCUGCUGGUCUCAAGGAUUCUUGUAAAAACAGAAAAAUUAGUUAUUAAUGAAAUUCAAAUAUUUAAAUAAAUUCCUUAUAAAACUGAA